CCACCUACUGGACUUUUUAGCGAACUACAUGAUUUGCAGCACAUCCGAUUAGUCUUACUCAAGAUUAUGCUGUAACCCACUGAUUGAUUCGUGGUCAGCUCAUGUAAAACAAACAUUUUUAUCUUUUUAUUUUCACGUCUUUGUUUAAAUCGUUGUUUUUCUCGACGCCCGUCAAAACGUAUUUUUCUUGUAAUUUUUCGCUGCCUAGCAACGACCUGGUUCUCAGCUUAACGAUUAUUUUAAAACAGAGGUGACAAAACUCGCUCAGGUUUCCUCCUGAGAGACGUUGGGCUGCUCUAACGGUCGCCACGUUCAUGAAAUCGUCCCAAAAUCACCCAGUGGAGUUUGUGCAGGAGUACUGAAGGAGACCUCUGGUUCUUGGUGAUGGAUCAUUUCGAGGAGGACAGUGGACUUCUCCAGCUCACAGAGGAACAAGAAGCUGAAGAGCAGCAUCAGUCUGAUCAGUCAGUCCUGCCCACAGGAAGCCAGGAUGAGACACAGGACCACGAGAGUCCCACCCAGGGCCAAGAGCAGAACAGUACUGAAGAGUGGGACACUGACCUGGAAACAGGCGAUGCCCCAAAGAAGAGACAGAAUUUGCCCCAUUCAGAGCUGUACCUGCAGGCCUGCCAGCGGACAGGAACCGUUCCUGUUUCCUCCUUCUUCCAUCUCGUGGAUGAACCCAAUGUCAAUCUAAACCAUUAUGGUGUGGGACCUAUGGGGGCCAAAGCUUUGUCCAUAGCUCUGCAGUUCAACACUGACAUCACCAACCUUGAACUGGAGGACAACGCAUUACAGGCACAGGGGACACGCUAUCUGAUGGAGAUGCUUCAAACAAACAUCAGCAUUCAGAGUCUAAAUCUCUCCAACAACCAGCUGCACCUUGAAGGAGCAGACAUAAUCUCCAAAAUGCUGUUAGACAAUUAUUACAUCAAAUCCAUCAAACUCUCAGGAAAUGAAUUUGAUGAUUCUGCUGCUAAAUACUUUGCUGAUACUUUAAAGGGUGACUAUGUGGUCAAAGAACUGGACCUCAGUCACAACAAGUUCUGUGAAGCAGGAGGAGAACACCUUGGCCACAUGUUAGCCACCAAUGUAGGUAUUGAAGUCCUAAAUCUGAGCUGGAAUCACAUUCGUAUGCGUGGUGCAGUGGCUUUGAGUGCUGGACUGAAGGUGAACUCAACUCUGAAGCAGCUCCAGCUGUCGUGGAACGGUUUUGGCCUCAUCGAGGCAGAGCCGCUGGGUCAAGCACUGAAACAGAACAGCACACUGGAGUUUCUGGACCUCAGCAAUAACCGCAUAGAUGAUCAGGCUGUGACCCUGCUCUGCCAGGGUCUGGCCACCAAUGACACACUCAGGGUCCUCAAGCUGUCCUGUAACCCCAUGACUAAUGUUGGAGCUCUGACGCUGCUCAAAACAAUUACAAACAACACAAAAUCAGGACUGGAGGAGAUCGAUAUUUCUACAGUGUUUGUGUGUGAGGCCUUUGUGGAGCUGCUGGAAGAAGCCCAUCAGAGGCGUCCUGCUAUGGAUGUCCAGUACAGCGUCAUGAGCUCAGUCACCAGGAACCUAUCUGCCCUCCACAUCUUUCAGAAGUUCCUUGACAACCGAAAUGAGAGCGUCAUGGAUUUCUUCAAGGCUUUAGAUAAAGAGGGAACCAUGAUGGUUUCCACUUCUGCUUUCAGGAACGCUAUAAAGGCAGCUGACAUACCUCUGGAUCAGCGACAGCUUGACUGGUUGGUCAGGAAGUUUGACAAAAACUGCACAGCCACCAUAAUCUACAGUCAGUUUGCUGAGUCAUAGAUCCAGACGCACAGCACGUCUUAGAUGAAGAUAGGAUAAAAGAUGAGACAUCUUCAAAUAAAAGUUCAAGUCUGUUAUUCUGAUGUUGUCCUUCACUUGCUAGCAGAAUUACUUUUCAUUACCAGCAGGUCCUCUACUUUUGUCCCACCACUGUCACAAAAGCACAAUUUUAAAUUUUGCAAAAACUCAGUGGUAUUGUGUACCACUGACAGGUGUACCCUAACAGCAGCAUCCUGUGACGUCAGUGAUGCCCCCUCCCCUCCUUCCACGGUGGUUCUUAGCUUGAACCAAUUCUGUCCAGUGUGAAUACUUGAACCUCUGACACCAACCAGCUGCACCCACCUCAGCACUGCCAGCUGUGUCUGCGGCUGGGCCACGAGGUCCGCUGCCUCAUUCUCUCCAUCCAAAAAUAAUCUUCUGGUAUGACAACAGAACAAGAGGAGGAAGAAAAAGAGAGCUGGCGUCCAUAUCAAAGGGCCGAGAGGAGAGAAAGAAUAGGGCCAGAUGCAAGCUAGUUGUUUCGCCACAUCGGUUAGCUUUGAAUGAAACAGCCUGUAAAGGAAAACAGCACACUUAUGAAUAUGCAUGUGCAGCAUUACUUAUGCAGGCCCCACAGAGUACGAUUAUUAAGGGUGUUCUGAUGAAUUGUCUCAAGGUGUAAUGUCCAACAGUGCAUUCUGUUUCUGUUAGGUGGCUCCAGUAGUAAACACAGAGGAGACAAUGACAUGACGCACUAUCUCACCUGCAUAUACGCUUUGUAUCUUGAGUAUGUGGCUUAACAUGCCCCCAGAGUGACAGCAUCUUAAACAGAGCUGAGCUGUAAUGUUGUAAAUGUUAUUGUCUGUGUUGUCCUCAUCAUUGGGGUCAUCAUUCAAAACUGGUGUUCAAGGGAUGACCUGCCACACAGGAUAUUUAGCAGUCUGCCUCCUCCUGCUCCAUCAAUCCUCAAGUCGAUCAGUUUCAA